UGCGGCGGAUAGGAAAAAGGAAAAGUGUCGCCUGCGUAAGGCACAGCUCGCCUCCUGGCAACGGGGCACACGCGGGGUCCUCCUCCCGGGGACGUCUCACUCCGGUAUCCGUCCGUCCGAGUCCGACCGACACCCCCUCCCCACCUCCCCACCCACCCGAAGGCUCUUCGGCUGCUGGCUAGCAAAGCCCCGCGUCGCGUCCACAGCCGCGGCGGACAACCGAGGCGCUCCUUUUCCACGUUACAGAAGCUCCAUUUUUCCCCCCCUUUCCUCCUCUGCUCUCCCCUCCUCCUCCUCCCAUUCCCAGCAAGCAACCAGCGCGACAAAAGCGGAUUAUUCACGAUGGUCUCGGCAUGGCGCAAAAGCCACGGAGAAAUGCUGUUUUUUUAGCCGCCGACACCGGAGGACCGCCCGAGCUUGGUGGGGAAAAUGGAAAAAAGGGAUACAAUGCCCGCCGCGCGUGUUGUGCAUUCCACGGGAGCUCAGCGGACGUGGGGUGUGAAUGACUUGUGGCUGUAGGGUGUCGUGAGCGGGCCGGCGUAUUGCGAGCGUACACGCAGCCGCACGCGUGCAGCCUCCAAGGGGGGAGGGGGCUGACUGCCAUCGCUGCCCAGGGGACACGAGGCCUGGCCCUCCAUAUGAGGCCCUGCUCAAAGGGCAGGGGGGGCUUCUGAGUGUGCCUGAGGGCCAUUGAAAGCCCCCUUGAGGAGUUUCCUAAACACACGACGAAGGAGAAAAGCCUCCCGGACUAUUCUUAUUGUUUUUCCCCACUUUGGCACAAAGAGCCCCUCAUCGGACCGAGGCGGGCGCACACCCUCACACAGACUAGGACGUGAGGGAGAAUGUUGGAGGUCCAAGAGGAGAGGCCAGCGGCGGCAGGUACAGCAGCGACCCAUUUCGGCAAGAAGGAACGUGGCAAGAAGGAGCGAGAGGACGCCAAGGACGGACGGGGGAACCUCAGCAACCUCGCCAAUCCCGGUUCCAGGAACGUUCGCGCCAAGGCGCCACUAGCGCACGCAGGCAGUCCGCACCAGCACCUCACUUCGCCCUGUUCUGUUGUACUGGUAACCCCAUCAAUGCACUCCAAUCGGCUCAAGAACUCCCCAUCCACCAACACACAAAGCCCUAAACCUAAGACGGAGGCAAUGGUCCGCUCCCCUCCCGUCAUGUCCCCGUCCACUGCCUCCCAAAUGGACUCAAAAAUGCCCAAUCAGGGUAAGCCGGGGAGCGGCGGCAGCCAAUCGCAGCCUUCGCCCUGCGAUCCCAAAAGCUUGGGCGCCAAAGGAGCACCCAGCGUGGCGGGUGGAAUCGGUCUGAAGAACGGCCAGAGUUUGACCUCGGGCCCCGGCUCCAAAGUCAAAGUUAAACGGGAGCGAAGCACGUCGGUGGAGUCCUUCGAUCAGCCGGAGAGCGGAACGCCCAGUGCUGAGGAAAAAGACAGUAGCCGGGUAAAAAGGAUGUGCGUGGCAGAGCGGAGGCAGCCUUACAGUGGAGCCGACUGGUGCUCCGGGGGUGAAAGUGACGAAGAUGACAAAGGAUUCUUCAACUGUAACUCCAGUGACGUGAAGCCGCUGGAUUCUGUCACCCAUUCUACCUCCAACACCGGACUUAGCCGCUCCUCCACGCCCUCCCACAAUUUAAUGGGAGGGCAGGGCGCCACGACGGAAGCCGCUAGUGGCCAGAAAGCAGGCUCGAAACUCGUCUAUGUCUUCACUACGGAGAUGGCUAACAAGGCAGCUGAUGCAGUUCUAACUGGCCAUACAGAAAACAUCAUCACCUUCCACAUGAAAAACAUCUCCAACAGCAAAGACAAAGCUCACCUCCUUCUGAACAAUGCAGCAAAUGCCCUCCGAAGUGACUCCAAGCCUUCCCAGCAGACGCCGUCCCAUGGUCAAGAUCAGACCCACCAACCCGGAUCCAAGCCGUCCUUACCGGGCAUGGCGGAGCCAGCCCCACCCCAGUCCGCAAACCCGGGAAGCCAGUCCGGCGUUCUUCCACCGGAUGGUUCGUCGAGCACAAGUAUUGAAUCCAAAAAUCUUCCUGGCGGUAGCCCCAACAACAAUGGCGGCCCAGUUGACCAGACACCUCUGAGCCAACCUGAGGCAGGCCUCAGUGCUCCGACAGCAGGUGAAGUAGGGCCGGGCAUAGGCCCCGGGGGGCCCGGUCUGACGCCCCAGCAACAGCAGCAACAGCUGGCUCAAGAGCUUUUAAAUAUGGAGGCCAACACUGAAGGUCUAUCCCAAGAACAGUUGGAGCAUCGCCAGCGUUCACUGCAGACAUUGCGAGACAUUCAGCGCAUGCUUUUUCCAGAUGACCGUGACGCACCGCCUCCCGGGCCUCCCCAGCCUCACGGCGGCCCCCACGACGGAGGCCCCGAUGGCCCUCCUCGGAGGUCUGAGCCGGGCCCUUUGCAGGCUAUGAUGGCGCAAUCUCAAAGCCUUGGACCGCCGGGCGGGCCGGGAGGACCUCGCCCGCAAGGUCCUCCCUUCGGACCUCCCCAUGGUCCCAGAGACAUGCCCCCUUUUCCGCAGGAUGAAAUGGGUCCUCACAUGGGGGGCCCUGGCGGCUGUGGAGAUGGUGAUCAAAUGACCCCAGAACAGGUGGCGUGGUUGAAGUUACAGCAGGAGUUUUAUGAGGAGAAGCGGAAGAAACAAGAGAUGCAACACCGGCCUCUUCCUCCGGACAUGAUGAUGCACCCACAUGGUCCACGCGGCAUGAUACGAGGACCUCCGCCACCCUAUCAGAUGGGUCCAGGAGAGAUGUGGGGAGGACCAGGUGGUCCGCAAGACCCUUAUCCUGAACGCAUGGGUAUGGGUCCCGGCCCGGGUCCUGGUCCGAGAGGCAUGUCCUCCCACUUGCAAAGGAUGCCUGGCUUCACGGGAAUGAUCAAUCCUGAGAUGGAAGGACCCCCGCGGCCUGGAAUGGGGUGGCCUGAUGACAUGCCGCCUCGUAUGGGAGACCCGCGAGGUUUUCCCGGUGGUCCGGGUACCAUGUUUUCUGGCCCCGGCGGUAGAGGUGAGCGCUUCCCAAACCCUCAGUCGGUCCAAGAAGCAAUGUUCCACCAAGGUAUGGGAGGAGAGAAGGGCCUUCCCCCCGGCAUGAUGAUGGACAUGCAAAGGAUGAUGGGCCAUCAAAGAGGUGGAUUGGAACCCGGUAACAGCAUGGGAAUGUUUCCAAGAAUGCCCGGCGACGGGCCGAUGAGCCCUUCGUCCAGGCUCCAGGGAAUGGGGGGUCGAGAAAUGGGUCCAGAGUUCGGCAUGGGGCCCGGUCCUGGGCCCGGACCUCACAUGCACCCUUCCAAGCUACGAGAUCCUCCGAUGAACAUGAGUCCAGAUGAGAUCAUGAGAAUGAGGGGAGGCCCUCCAAUGGAAAACAUGGCUGCGCAAGGCAGGGCAAUGCAAGGUCCUCCCUUCACUGAACAGCCGCAACCCGGGGAGUUUCCCAUGGGGCCUGGUAGACCUUUUCCAGGUGGUCCUGGUGGAAUGAGGGGCCCUCACGGAGAGCAACCAUUUGGCCCAGAGCAUAGAGCCACUCCGACGGGAGGUAACGGUCGCAUGAACCACCUCCCUCCCAAUGCCGGCCCUCAGCAGGGCCAAAGAGGGCGCAAGCCAGCAGAUUUGAAUGUCCAAGCGGGUGGGGGCAACUCUCCCAGCGUCAACCCACUCAAGUCCCCUCCUCUGAGGCAGGUGCAGUCUCCCAUGAUGGGCUCACCCUCCGGAAACCUCAAAUCGCCGCAGACGCCGUCCCAGCUGGCCGGCAUGCUCACGGGUCCCGCCGGUCCCCAGGCCCCUCCAGCACCCCCAUCAUCAGCGCCUAUGAAGUCACCGCACUCCAUGAUGGGAUCGGCGGGAGCCUCCCCUGUUCACAUGAGGUCUCCUUCUCUUCCCAAUCCUUCGCCGGGAUGGGCCUCCUCACCAAAGCCGCCCAUGCAGAGUCCUGGAGUGCCGCAAGGUGGCAAGCCCCCUCUCAGUCUCACCUCACCAAACAUGAUGGGGAACAUGGAGCAAGGUGGUAACGGCCCCGCCUCUGCCCCGCCUUCGUCUGGCGCACCGUCCGGCCCGAUGUCCCUCCCGGGAAACGUGCCGUCGGGCAGCCCUUACACCAUCCCACCUGAGCCCACGCUCUCCCAGAACCCUUUGUCCAUCAUGAUGUCACGCAUGUCAAAGUUCGCCAUGCCCAGCUCCACGCCUCUCUACCACGACGCCAUCAAGACCGUUGCCAGCUCCGAUGACGACUCGCCGCCGGCGCGUUCUCCAAAUCUGCCUUCAGUCAACAAUAAUGGUAUGCCAAUGAACCACCAAGGCAAUCCCCGCAUGAUGGGACCUGGGAACUCUGGACCCAUGCCAGCACUAAGCCCCCUGGGUAUGAAUCCGAUGGGAUCCCAGCCUCUCUCUCACGGCAUGCCCCCACAAAUGCCCUCUCCCAAUGCCCCCAACAUGGGCCCCGGUAUGAUGCCUCACGGCAUGAUGAUCCCGCCUAAUCCGCAAGACCCCGGAAUGGCCAACCCUCAAAUGAUGCCGCAGGGGCGUUUGGGUUACCCCCACCGAAACCAGGGUUACCCGCUCACCCAGUCCCCGUCCCAGCAGGGCCCCUUCUCUCCGCACAACGGGCCCGGGCACCAGGGUUUCCCCGGUCAUCCGAUGGGCUUCCAGGGAGAAGGAGGGCCCAUGGGAGGACGAAUGGGUAACAUGCCUCACGGCGGAGGGCCGGACGGGGGCAUGUGCAAGCCGAAUACCCCCGGGGGUCCAGAAUUCAACAACAUGCAAGGUGGCUUCAGCGAGGCGGAUCUUCACGAGGUGAUGCGGCCGGGGGCGUCCGGCAUUCCCGAGUUUGACCUGUCCAGGAUUAUCCCGUCAGAAAAACCCAGCCAGACUCUGUCCUACUUCCCCCGCGGUGGGGGCGACAACCCCGGAGGCAAACCGCCGCACCCGUCCGGCUUCCCUAUGCAGGCCAUGAUGGGCGACGGCCCCCCAAGGAUGGGAAUGCCCAUGCAGGGGUUGGGGGGGAUGCCGGGGGGGCCUGGCGGGGGCAUGGGCCCCCAAGACAUGCCCAUAGGCAACCCCGGCCACAACUCCAUGCGCCCGCCGGGUUUCAUGGGCCAAGGCAUGAUGGGACACCAGCCUCGGAUGAUGUCUCCUGGCGGUCCUGGGGGGAUGAUGCAGGGGCGACAGAUGGCCCACCCCGGUCCUGGUGGCUCCCCUAACAUGAUGAUGUCACUGCAGGGCAUGGGCGGCCCCCCGCAGCAGACGAUGAUGAUGGGGGGGCAGAUGAGGCCACGCGACAUGGACAUGGGCUUCAGUCCGGGCCCUGGAAUGUUCUAAUCCGGAAUUUCUAGAAUGUCCUGGAACGUAAGUACUCUUUCUACAUGGGAGGCUAAUUAUGGAAGUAUUAUCCAAAAACGGUCAUGGAUGUACCCCGGAAUCAACGGAACCUUUUCCCCAAUCGACGUCGGAGUACUUUUUGCCACAAGAACAAUUUUGACUUACAAACUUCAGAAUGUAUGGAAUUGUUGUGCAUCAGUUUCGGGAAAAAAACAAAACUGUUUUUGUGUUUUUGGGGUGGGAUUUACGAGGAGAUGGACAACAACCUUGGAGAUGCUACACUAAAUGUCAAUCCUUUGUUUUUCCUUCUCCGAAUCAUGAACAAAAGAAAAGAAAAAUCACGCAGUAUGGAACAGGAUUGAACACACAGGAUGGAGAAACAUGUGCUUUGUGAGAACUUGGGUGGAACUCCAUUUUGUCUCCAUUGUUUUUGACUGUUUCUGUACAGUAUAUACAUGUGAGUGUGUGCGCGCGCGUCAGUGUGUGUGUGUGUGUGUGUGUGUAUAGGCAUUCUAUCAGUGACCUCGACUCUUAACUCUUUGGCUACCAUUGACGGCCAAAGACGUCUUAUCCAUUUGGCCUGGAUGUCUACUCCCGUCAAAAUGGCUGCCAACGACUUCAAAAAAAAAUACUGUACUGUUUACCAUUGGUGGGCUAUUCGGAUAUUAGUCUAUUUUAUUUCCUUUGUAACUCCAGUGUAUAACAAACCAAACUAUGACCUCAUUAAGAUUAUAGUAUUAUUAAAAAAAAAGACAAAAAAGAAAAAGCACAAACGUGGACCGUCUGCCGAAAGCGUCUUUUUUUUUUUUUUUUUCUUUUUUUGAUUUUUAACCACAUGAAGCGCGCGAGUUCCAAAACUUCCACGACUUCCUUAGCCAGAUCGCUAAUACCCAGAUGUGCUCUGUGUGUUCUUGUUGUUUUCAAGUUUAGUUGUUUUUCGACUCUCUUGUUGACUCUGGGUAAAUCAUUCCCACAGCAAUAAUCCCCCCGCCACAUUUCCUCCAAUGGUCGGCAAGAGUGGAGUGAGCUCCGAACGGCGGUAUGCCAGGUAACAUAGAACUAGAGUUAGCUAGAUCUGGUGUAACCGUAUGAAAAACGAUGUGUUACGCGCGCUGCUUUUUACCAUCCAGUUGACUUCCUCUCUUUUUCUCUGUUGUAUAAGCUUGUCAUGUGUUUCUCCGUUGGCUUUGGUGCAAAUAGUCUACCAGGGCUGUGGUGAUGGACUACAAAUAAAAGAUAUUGUUUUGGUA